UUUUCGUAGAAAUAAUGAAAUUAGUGCGAUAGUAAUAUUUCGAUGAUUCCAAAUGAAUUAUAUUAUAGUUAACUCGCGUGCUGCUGCAUGGUAGUAGUCUCACCCUUGUCCCAUCGCUUGUCCGCGGUCACGCCGCGCAGUUGAAUUAUUUCGAACAUUGCAAUCUUCGAUGAAUGAACAAUAAUGACGAUUUUUCAUUGCGAUCCAGCAGAGUGUUAUUAUGAGAAAUGCAAAACAUGUCAAUCGAUAAAAAUAAUAAUGGAAGGAAGAAAGGUGUGAAAAAAAUGUGCCGCUUCUUCAAGAGUCGCUCACUGCUGCGAUAUAUAACUCCGAGAGCGACACGGGCCGAUAUACGAAAAGAAUGUCGAAAACAAACCGGUGUCUCGUGGGCCGCAUUGAAGAAGCUCAAAUCUGGGGACUUUAAUCAGGCUGAUCACAAACUCAAGUGUUAUCUCCGAUGUUUUAUGAUGAAAAAUGGAAUUAUUCGAAGCGAUGACCAAGUUGACGUUGAAAAUGCAAUUCGUCAUCUUCCACCGAAUCUUCAAGAGUCAUCCAGAAAGGCACUUUUUAAGUGCAAAAAUUCGUAUACUCCGAAGCGUCUCGUUCGUCUGAACCGAGAAAAAGUCAAGAUACGGGGAAAGAUGCGAGAGCAGCGUUGGAGCGAGAGAGCCAAGAUGAGAGAGCAUAUUGGAAAAGCAGGGGUCUUAUCCCGGGGAAUCCUUCGCAGUCGACGCCGCCGCCGCCGCCGCCGUCAUCGUCGAACCUUAACCGUGAGAGUGCAGAGCACGAAAGAAAAACCGUCACACCGACUUGAAUAUAUAUGCAUGUUAUAUGAAGUUAUGAACGGAGAAGAGGAGUACCAUAAAGAUUUGAUUUAGUUAUUGAGAUAUAUUGAGAGUUAUUGAAAAACAAAAAAAAUUAUUAACAUAUCGAGGUGAAUUUUGUUCCGACUUUUGGAGCAGGUGAUUGAAAUGAAGAAAUUUGACUUUUUUCGACGUAUUUCUGGACGCUUUACAGUCAAGAAUCGUUAUUAUGAAAAAUCGACCUUGACGAAGAAAAAUGGAAAAUGAAAUAGAUCCUGAACGCAAACAAAGAUCGUUGCGGUCUCUAAAAUUUGCAUAACGACGAUGAAAAAAUUAAAAAGCCCUCCCCGCUGGUAGAGCAGAAUAAAUAAAUAGGCGAAAACAAUGACAUUCUGAACUUGGGAAUAAAGAAACGUUAUUUCACUCUUAUAA